CUAUUCAAAAUGGAGUCUGAACACACGAGUUAUAAGCAGCAACAGAAUACUCGACUACCAGAAGUGUUUCCAAGCUGGUAUUCUACAACUGUUCGUGAACUUUUGAAAACCAGUGCCACCUAUAAUGUUGACCUAAGAAUGUUACCUGAUUAUGGAGGAGCUGGGAUUAAUUUGAAAACUACAGAAGAUCCAGAAUACUCCCAAUGCAAAGAUGGUCUGCAUGUGGCUAGUGCAAAGUCUGAAAAGUGCAGGAGUAAACUCUCUGCUUCUUGCUGUGCACUUCCAUUUCUUCCACCAAACAAAAUUAGAAGUCUUCAUGAACCCUGUUUGAAAAAAUUGAAAGUUGAACAAAAUCGUCAGUCUUCAUUUGUGAAUAAGAUGUUUCAUCUUCAAAAAAAGAUGAAAAGCAAGCAAAAUGUGAAACUAAAAAAUUCCGUGCUUGAUUUAUACAAGAAAGUUGAAGAAAAUGAUCAAGAGUUGAAGAUAAGUUAUAAAUUUCCGCCGUGUAUAUUGGAAGCAGUUAACUUGAUGCCAACUUCUUAUGUAAAUCAUGAUCGUGUUUCUGAUGGCAGCUGGCUGUAUACAGGAGGAAAUCUGUCAUACUUACCAACGGAGAGAGGCCCUGUCCUCCUGCAUGCUGGGGGGAAGAGGUUCAACUCACUUGUAAUAACUCCUGUUAGGAGCAGUGAAAAUGCUAGACACGUGUUUUCUGCAGUUUUAGAAGACCAACAGACAUUGAAAUUAAACGGAAAAAGUAUCUAUCAGGUGUCCGGAAGAUCAAUCGAAAAUGAAGGUUUUUGUUGUGUUCGUCAGCACAAAAGGUGUGAAGUUUUGUCCAUUAAAAAUUUUUCUGAGACCUUGAAUGCCACUGUUUUGGAUGUGUUCAAUUCUGAAGAACCAUUGUGUUGUGCACAGCUAAGUCCAUAUAUUCCAGGGGAAUAUGCAGUAAUAACCAGUAGUGGAUGUCUAAUAUUGAAACAUCCAGAUCACAAGCAGCCCUUGUGGAUGAACUCAGAACUGUCAAAGCAAAAAUCUCAUGAUGGAGAAUCCUGGUGGUGGUGUGACUUUGGUGUACAACCAAGGUCAUUAGUGGUAGCUGACCGUAAAGUGAUCAGACUUUUUGAUGCACGGACAAUGAAUUCAACCCCUCUCACCAUCUUUAAUGCUGUAGAUAACCGUAGUCUUCUGUUUGAUGAAGAUGUCAUGAUAAUGCAGCAACAUCCACGUGAAGUUCAUCAACACUUUGUAGCCACUUCUCUUCAUUUCUUUAUUAUUGACAAAAGAGUUCCGUCAGUACCAGUGCUGUUGUGGAAACACUGUCUAAAUACCAAACCAUGUUAUUGCUCAGUAGAAUCUCAGGUGUUUCAUCAAAGUACCGAUGAACUAAUAGCGCUCCUGGGGUCACAGGAAGGAGCCCAGACAUCAGUUUUCCACAUGAAAGAUUCUCGUGUCAACACAGUACAGCCUCAGUCCUUGUCACCACCAUGGUACCUAUCACAGCCGGAAGAUAUGGUCAAGUUAUUAAAAGUUCAGGGCUUGUGCUUAAACCACACUGUCCAAGAGAGACUUCAGGCACCGUUGACUGGAGUGUGUUCCAUUCCUCAUCCAGAUUCUUCUGGAUUCACAGCUUUUCAAAUGACCUCUUUUUGUGAUUUAUUCUUUCAAGACUUUUAUGCUGACAAACCUUCUGAAGAUAAAACCUUCAAUGUAAGUGCCGGUUGCCCUCUUAUACCACCUUCACUAGUUACUGAUGAGUACAACUGGUGGCUCGAAGCUGCGAGGGUGAAAAGUAACGGUGACAUAAAGAAAGCUAAGUUUCUCAAGAGGGUAGACUGUACAGAAGAAUUUAUGGGUAAAAAUCUUGUACAUCUGUAUGAAGCU